UUCACUUCUAUUUAGAACUCGGCAGCGAACAGACUGAAACGCUUUGAGUGUGUGCGAUACGAAAAUUAUAUUGUGUGUAUAUUUUUGGCGAAACAAAAUACAGAUUUGUAAUUUUCUGUGAAACUAAUUGAAAGUUAUUUCGUUCGAACGUUUUGUAAAUCGAGAAAAAUUGUAAAAAACUAAAAAUGGCUGGUGGUAAAGCUGGUAAAGAUUCAGGAAAAUCGAAAGCAAAGGCCGUCUCACGCUCAGCACGUGCAGGACUUCAGUUCCCUGUCGGAAGAAUUCACCGGCAUUUAAAAAAUCGCACAACCAGCCAUGGUCGUGUUGGUGCCACCGCCGCCGUUUACAGUGCCGCUAUUUUGGAAUAUUUAACAGCCGAAGUAUUGGAAUUGGCUGGUAAUGCCUCAAAAGAUUUGAAGGUAAAGCGUAUCACCCCACGUCAUUUGCAGUUGGCCAUCCGUGGUGACGAAGAAUUGGACAGUUUAAUCAAAGCAACUAUUGCUGGUGGUGGUGUCAUUCCACACAUCCACAAAUCACUCAUCGGCAAGAAGGGAGGCCCAGAAUAACCAAAUUAAUCAUAAUCGACGAAUCCCAUUACAAACAAACAUCCAGAAUAAUUUCUUUUUUUUUUUUAAAUAAUUCUACUGCAGAGAAAU